AUGUUGGUAUGUACAGUAACUCUCCAUAAAGAGGCGUCAUCUUCCAGAAGUCUUCAGCGUGAUUCGCGUUUUCGUUUCGCUCAUUUUAUCGACCAUCUUUUUCACAUUCUUGAUGUACCUGAGCUUGAAUCCAUUCAUGUCAAGGAUCGAAGAGUUUGUCUGCUUUAUUGUCUAAGAGAUAAGCGAUGUUUCUCAACAAACCUUGCUGCUAAGCCUGAUAUCAAUGGUAACUAUGUUUGUGAGCUGCUUCCCACAGACAAGUAUAACGCUUCUGACAGCUUUAAACCAAGUCAACACUUUAAUCACUACAGUGCCAAGACUCCAUGUUUAUCGAACCCCUGUCAGAAUAACGGCAGCUGUCGAGCUUUGUAUUACCUCGAACAUUUCUGGUGUGAGUGUCUUCCAAAUUACUCUGGCAGAUAUUGUGAGAAAUGGCUGGUUGAACUACCUUACAAUGUUUGCAUGUAUGGAUUAAGCGAUAGACCGGGAGUAUUCUACACACCUUUGGCCGGUAAAAUCUAUUUUAUAAGGCUUGUUCACAUCUCUGGUUCUGUGGGUUGUGGGAUUAGGCAAAAAGCUAACUGGGGUUGUCAUUCGAACAUCGGAACCAUUCUCACAGAUAAAGAUAAAAACGUUGUUUACCCAGAAGAUCAGAGAGCUCAUGCUUACAAGCUCUUUGGAUUUUCAAAGGAUUCCCCUGAACUGAUGCUAAAAUUCACCACUCCACUGGUGGUAGCCGCUGGUCAAGAAUAUCAGGUGUGGUUUUUGGAGGACCUAACUGACAUUUACGAAGGCAAUAACAACCCUGGACCAUCCUGCAUGGAGGUCAUUUAUUUGUUCAGCUUAUGAUAUGGAACAAAUGAAUGAGGACGAUAUGAAAGCACGAAACGUGCACCAGGGAAUGAGAAUCAUAUGAGAAGUUAACGCUAUCAAGACUUUUGUUUCUCAGAAUGAAGUUUUUACCCUGCGCAUUUUUCACUUUUUCAGAAAGCUUUUAGCUCGAAAAAACAAGCUAAGAAACAGAAGACUGAAAAUAAUUAUCUAAAUGCACUGUGUACAAGCAGCUGUCUAUUACAGACAAUAAGGGCUUGUUUACAUGAAGGUGGGACACCCCAUGUAGGUGAGGUAAGCCACCAAGUCGUGGUCGAAAAAUAGCCCACGUUUAUGUACAAUCUUACAACCCUAGGAUCCCGGGGUGAGGUUUUCAGCGCGCUUGUAAAUGUAUCAUGAAUGCGACCCUGGCUACGCGGUUACCCAACCUUUAGACGUUUAAAUGGCAAAUCGCGUCCCCGGCUAACAGGGUUACCCUACCUGGCAGACCGGGAAAACCGCCUAGGCGGGUUACCUCACCUACCUGUGGUCCUCUUCCUCCAUAUAAGCAGGCCUUAAAGCUGCCAUAGGUAUGGCGACAAAAAUCCAUGCGACGUAGAAACUAAUGCGUUCAUGAUAGUUGAGAUAGAAGACAAUUGCACAAUUUUGGUCUAAUACUACGCUGAACCAUCUACUCUCUACGCCACACCUCAUCAAAAAAUCAAACAGGUAAUAUGACGCAAUCCUCGCUAACAAA